AUGGAAGGUUUUAUGGAAACUCAAGAUCCCCCAAAGUGGAAGACAUUUAUAUGGAAAGCUCUGAAUAAUAUUUUACCCACCACAAACAAUCUACUUAUAAGGAGAGUGGAUAUUGAUCCAACAUGUGCUAUGUGUGGAACUGCACAUGAGGAUAUUGUGCAUUCUUUGAUCACAUGUGGCUAUACAACAAACAUUUGGGCACAAUCUCACCUUCCAAUUCCCAAUAGUGUCACAAAUGUUUUCAGUCAUUGGUUUAAUGAUUUGAUGAAUGUUUUAGAUGAUAAUGAGAUUAUUUAUGCAGUGGCCAUUCUAUACUACACUUGGCGUGCGAGGAAUGGGGCUGUUUGGGACGCAUGUUUACCCAGGCCUCAGAAAAUAUUAGCAAUGACGUCUUCAACUGUACACUCUUGGAAGGUUGCGCACCCCACACAUGCACAACCACAGACCAAUAUGGCCGUAGCGGAGCAGGGUGGAAUGCCGACCAUAAUGCCGCCAACGACAGUGAACGCCACUGCUGUGCCGGCAGUGCACGGACUGCCACAAAGCAGUGCUGUGAUGCGGCCAGAAGAACAACCAAUCGCCUCAGACGUGGAGCCUCUCAUGUGCUACUUCGACGCGGAAUACAACCCACAAACGAACAAGGCGGCGGCCGGUGCUAUUAUUCUAGAUACGCAAGGAGGAUAUAUUUCCGCAAUGACCACCCCUAUGUCAGAUUGUUUUACACCACUAAUGGCAGAGGCUCUAGCGUGCAAAGAAGUUUUGUCAUGGUUGAGGGAUCGCGGCUUCCUAAGGGCUGGAGCGAGCCUCUUAGCAGAGGAGGUAGCACGAGCCACGUUUUAUGAGGUGAAGAGGCAAUUUAUAUUGUGGAUCAGGAUUCCCGUAGCAUGGUGGACUUUGGAUUAA